AGCCAAGGGAGUGUGGGCGGCCUCUACGUGGGUCGGUUGAGGCAGGGAUGCCUAGCACCGGUGCUGCCGCUGUCCUCUGUGCUCAGCUGUACUGAACGCUCACAGGUGAGGACAAGCGAGGCUUCUGCAGACUCGGCGAGAGGAAGGGGUGGAGCGGGAUUCCAGGGCGGUACGUGGUCGCUCUGUGUUUGGGGCAACCCUGCGGUUGGCGGUGGAGCACCCUGCACCCUCGCCGGAAAGGAGUACCCAGGCGCUGACUGAGCAGGGACAGCUUUGUGAACACUGGGAGAAUCUUGCAGGCCUGGAAGGACUUCCAGCACGACUUGGUCCACCCCAGACUUACAGGAUUCGAUUGCUGGAACUCUCAACUCCUUCAACCUGUAUUUCUCUUCCACUAUGAGCAGACCGACUCUGUUGCCCAGCUCUGUGCCUUUCUGUAGCGUUCUCUUCCUUACCUUAGCCACACAAUGUCUAGCUUUCCCAAAAGUGGAAAAGAGGGAGAUGGCACAUGCUUAUGCCCAGACAGAGCAGUUCUGGAAGAUGGACACAGGUGAUGGAGAAAACAUCUCUGCUCCAGAGCACAUGCCCCAGCAGACAUCCUCUGAAGCUCCUAUGGUACUGUCUGCGGGACCAUCUGUGAGGCCAUUAAAUAAAGUCUUCUCCAUCAACAAAGAACACCACCGCCCUGGAACUGGACUUCUGAAUCCUAACAUCCCUGAUCUUCAGUCUUCCACUGAGCCAGCAGUCUCAGUCAGUGAACAAGGGCAUGGUCCCAGUCAGCUUGAAGGAAUGUCUUCUGAACAGAGACUUCCCAAGGCCUUGUCAAUCAUUGCUGUCUCUUCACCUACUUCUCUUAAUUCUCACCAGGAGGGGCCCCAGAGCAGCUCUAGCACCCAGCCCAUUGUAGAAGGGAUCACAGUUGUAACACGUGACUUCCUGAAGUAUGUGGAUAAUCAGUUGUUUGCAACUGAAAGUCAGGAAGCAGUUAGCUUGGGACAUACACCUUCAUCUUAUAUAAAUACCAAAGAAAUGCUAGCUGCCAGUCCAAGAACAGAGAAAGCUGAAACAGAUGCAGCCAAGAGGCCGACUGCCUUUCCUGGGGUCGAUUCCACAGCAGACACAGAGCAUGAUGGGGAGAGGCCCCCGGAGGAAUCAGAUGACAAUGUGCAGACCACUGCCACCACAUCCUUGGAGACAACCCCUGAAGAUGUUCUGAAUAUUGAUCCAUCAGCUGACAGUCUUCUGGGGGACCUCAAGGUCACAGUGAGUGUCAGCACAGCUGUUCUGGUUCCUUCUGUCCCAAGUGAUGAGUGGGAUGACACCAAAUUUGAGAGUGUAAAUCAGGCAAGGACCACAGAUUCAGGAGACCAUGCAGAGAUUCGGGUGAGCACAGAGCCACCACAUGGAGCACAAGACAGCUUUGAAGGGACCGAGGGGAGCCCCACUUCCACAGAGGUUAACAAGGGGACACCCUUGGGGACAGCUCUGGUAACUGCACUGGAGAAAGAAAGAUCUCCAGUCUUUGCCCAUCAGAUUCCCUUUAGUCCCACGAGUCUGACAGAAGACCCUGAGGUUUCCACUGUGAAACCGUUACCAAGUGCUGGAGACUUCACAGCCUCCACCCGAGAGGACAGGACCAUGCUUUUCUCAAAGACUGAAGUCUCCACCUCUCAAUAUGAGUCUCAGACACAUCAGGGAGUAAAAGAUAUGUUAAAAGACAUCACACAGGAGAUGACAAUGGCCACACAAGAACCAAACCCUACAUUACCCUUGGUGACACAAGAGCACGUUGAGGUCCCCAGAGGCAGUGGUGAGCCUGAAGACGGCAUGCCAUCCCCCUCUCCUGUGUCUGCUGAUGUGGGUGCCACCGAGCUCUCCAGGAGAUGGGAGUCUCUGGCCACUCUGGCCUCCACAGCUGUUGUCCCUUUGUCUCUCGAAGUUACCUCUUCCAUGGAAGACCCAAUGGACACAAUCACUGGGCCAAACAAGGAAUCCAUACCAGUUUUGGGCUCUCCAGAGGCACCACCCCCUGCAGUGACUGUGGAAACUCCCACAAUUUCUCCAGCACUCCCAUCUGAGGGAAGAACUAUUUCACCCAUCAACCACCCCGAUACAGCUGCCUCGUAUGGACUGGAACAACUCGAAUCUGAAGAACUAGAAGAUGAGGAGGAUGAAGAGGAUGAAGAUGAAGAAGAGGAGGAUGAGGAAGAAGAUGAGGAAGAUAAAGAAACAGACUCCUUGUAUAAGGACUUCGACAGUGAUACUGAGCUGCCAGGGUUUACUCUCCCUGGAAUCACUUCCCAGGAACCGGAUGUAGAGGCAGGAAGCAUGGCCCUACUGGAGGUAGCAACCUAUCAGGUGCCAGAAACCAUGGAGUGGGAACAGCAGAAUCAAGGUCUGGGCUGGCUAUAUGUCUGGAAUGCUGGUUCCUGUUGGGGUAGGGAUAGCUGGAGCCUUGUUCAUCUUGGGAGCACUCUACAGCAUUAAGGUCAUGAAUCGCAGAAGAAGAAAUGGUUUCAAAAGGCAUAAAAGGAAGCAGAAAGAAUUCAACAGCAUGCAAGACAGAGUGAUGCUGCUAGCGGACAGCUCAGAAGACGAAUUCUGAAUCGGACUUGGGUUUAAUGCAAUGACAUCAUUGUUUCAUUUUUUAUUUGAGGGCAAAAAGAAAAAAGAAAAUAAAUAAAUGGCAACAAUAUCUCACCACCUUGCUGCUACUGGGCCUCUGAUCCAGCCUUCUUCUCUGCUGGAGAGUAGAUUUUUCUUGUGCUGAGCAGUAAAGACGCCCUGUACACGAAAUGUAGCAUUCAGUUAUUCUGCAGUGUUUGCCAUCACCAAGGGCUGCAGUUCAGAAGCACAGAGCACACAUGUUCAGUAGGAGUAGCUGGGUUAGGUAAAGUAAAUACCUUGUGUUUUUUAAA